AUGCGGUGCCUUUUCGUAUUGUGUGUGAUCGGUCUUGCCAUGAGCGUGUCCGCCAAGGCCACCGGCGACGCCUCAAAGGCACCCGCCGGAGAUGCGCCCGCAGUUGAGGCUCCCGCAGUGGAUUCUGGGAAGGGGACCGUGGCUCCCACAGAUGCCGCCGAGGCCAAAGCAGCCAAUGGCAACGCUUACGCAUACGGAAAAAACAAGAAGCCGGAAUGCAAGGGACUCUGCCCCGAAUCGACCCUUCAGAUCUGUGUCAACGUAGACGCUGCCGACACCGAAAGGGUCAGCGCCCUGAUGAGUCUGAUGAACGGGGACGCCGCAGUUGAAGCUGCAAUGACCGCUGCUGCCUCAGACGAGACGAAGGCUGACAAAUCUGCUUCCGGUUCCGGCAAAUCCGCAAGUGAGGAGAGCGGCUCGAAAUAG